AUGAAUAAUUUAUCUGUGCAAUUAUUAUCUAGUGGUAUUAUUGAUCCUGAUUUACAUUAUGGAGUACAUGCAAAGACCUGGUGGUUUCAAGCUUCUAAAAACUUAAGCAAUAUUUGUUAUUGGAAUCCAAUCUGUGUUGGAAUGAAAACACAAUUUAUCCUUACGUGUUAUAAAAGUGAAGUUGAAAGUAAUCCAACUGAUGCUGUUUCCAAUUUAUAUCAAAAAAUUUUCCAAAGCUCAACAAGAAUUUCUGGAAUUAAAGCAUUAGGAUUUGAGUCAAAUGACAUUGUUCAAGAAUUAUUAUUAAACAUUGAAUUUAGAAUAUAUUCAAUUCAAAUUGAAAGAAUUAAUUUAUUUAUUUAUGGUUUAGAUGAAUUACUUAAAGAAAUUAAAAAAAAUGAUCCAAAUGAUGCUUGGAAAGGGCUAGGAAUUCUGAAUAAACAUGAAGGAAAAAAAAUUUCUGGUUUAAAUAAUAAUAUAACAUCAGAAAUAAUCCAACAAGAGAGAUUUUAUCCAGAAGAAAUUGACCAACGAAAAGAAUUAUAUCCAGAGAAUAGGAGAUAUGAAAAAGAAUGGAAAGAAUUUAGAGAAGGAAAUCCUCGAGAAAACAACAAAACUCAUUUGAUAGAAAGAAAAAGAAAUACUUGCUCAAAUUGUAAUGAGGAGGGGCAUUACUUUCAAGAUUGUCCAGAAGUAGAAUGUGGAAUAUGUAGAAAAAAGGGACAUAUUAAAAGAUUUUGUCCAGAAAGAAUAUGUGGAAUUUGUGAUAAAAAAGGACAUUUAGAAAGGGAUUGUAAAAAUCAAAGAAUAAUUAAUGAUUUAGGAAAAGAAUUCUCAUUAGAAAAUUGUAAGGAAAUAUCAUAUGAAAAAGAUUUAAAAGAUCAUCAUUCACAUAAAAUUUGUAAUAAUUGUCACAAGAACAUACAAAGAAAAGAAGAGAAAAAGUUGGAAUAUCUUCAAAAAGAAGAAAAAGAAAGGAUUAAAAGAAAAAAUCAAGAAUAUGAGACAUUAGAAUUUGCUCAGAAAAUUACAAAAAGAUAUGAAAGAAAAAUAAAAACAUUACAAAUGAAAUCAUUGAGAAUGCUAGAAUAA